AUGUUGGAACAGUUAACACGCCUACUGGUAAUAUUGCAAAAGGUGCCACUAUUCCGGUCACUUGGACCUAUACUCCAGGGAAUGCGGCUGCGGGUGUUUUACGAGUUGUCAAUAACGCAACUGGGAACUCUCAAACACUUAAUGAUAAUCUAAACCUCGCUACCCAAUCCUACUCAUGGUUGGUCAAUGUUGACCCCGCUGUUUAUUAUUUUGCUCUCAACGACGGGACCGGUGAUAAAUAUUCUGGACAGUUCACCGUUGUUCAAGGUAGUGGUAGCGCCGCCUCUGGCACUGCACCUCCUCAACCUGCUCAAUCUCAAUCUCGCGCUACAUCUGCCCCUGCUGCCCCUCACCUGCAGGAAGUUCGGCACCCUCGUAAUGCUGCUAAAUCAACUUCGGCACCUUCAGCAAAUACUGCCGCAAGUUUCACUGGAUCAAGCUUUUCUGGAUACAAACUUCUGUUUAGUCUUAUUGUAGUAGCUGCAGCAAUG